UCCUUCCUCCUCCCUACGCCCGAUACAAAGUACAAACACACUUCUCAAUCCCCACCAUCUCCUUCCGCCACCUCCGACCAUCCUAUUCCCCAUUCCCCUCUCUUUAUUCCCCCGCGCCUCUGCUAUUCCCCGUUCUUAUUCCCAUUGUUUAUUCCUCCCCCUCGCUAUUCCCGAUCCCGACGUCCCCAUCCUUUAAAUAGCGCCGCACCAUGACUCUGAUCACGGGCGCCUUGAAUCGCUCCUCGCGCCUCUCCUCCUCCCUCUCCGCCAUUGGUAGGCCCUCCCCCUUGUUCUUAUCCUCCUCAUCUCCCUCCUCCUCGUCGUCCCCGCUUCCCCAAAACCCUAACCCCAGAUCUCCUCCGUCGUCUCCUCCGCCGUCAACGCCGUCGUUCUCCUCCUCCUUCGCCUCCCGCAUCGGCGACUGGCGCUCGCCGAUCAGCCACCGCGCCGCGAUCCGCUCUUCCGCCGCCGUCGCGGAGCGCUUCGAGAGGCGCUUCGCCUCCGUGGCUACUCGGAACUCGUACGAUAGCAUCUUGUCGACGCUCUCGAAGCCCGGAGGAGGCGAUUUCGGGAAGUACUACAGCUUACCUGCGCUUGACGAUCCCAGGAUUGAUCGGCUGCCUUAUUCUAUAAGGAUCCUCUUGGAAUCGGCAAUCAGGAACUGCGAUGAUUUCCAGGUGACGGGGAAGGAUGUGGAGAAGAUCUUGGAUUGGGAGAACACUUCCCCAAAGCAGGUCGAGAUCCCCUUCAAACCCGCUCGGGUCCUUCUGCAGGAUUUUACUGGCGUCCCAGCUGUUGUCGAUCUUGCGUGCAUGAGAGAUGCUAUGAACAAACUUGGCAGUGAUUCAAACAAAAUCAAUCCUUUGGUCCCUGUGGAUCUUGUCAUAGAUCACUCAGUGCAGGUUGAUGUGGCAAGAUCAGAAAAUGCAGUUCAGGCAAAUAUGGAACUUGAGUUUCAUCGCAACAAGGAAAGAUUUGGAUUUUUGAAGUGGGGAUCUAGUGCAUUUCAUAACAUGCUUGUUGUUCCACCAGGGUCUGGUAUUGUCCACCAGGUGAACCUAGAGUAUCUUGCUCGAGUGGUGUUUAAUAGUAGCGGGAUCCUUUACCCUGAUAGUGUCGUCGGAACAGACUCGCAUACAACCAUGGUGGAUGGACUAGGUGUUGCUGGCUGGGGAGUCGGUGGAAUAGAAGCAGAAGCUGCAAUGCUUGGCCAGCCAAUGAGCAUGGUUCUGCCUGGAGUUGUUGGUUUCAAAUUAUCAGGAAAGUUGAAAAAUGGUGUUACAGCCACUGACCUGGUUUUGACAGUAACUCAGAUGCUUCGGAAGCACGGUGUUGUAGGGAAGUUUGUGGAGUUCUAUGGGAAAGGCAUGAGUGAACUAUCACUGGCAGAUCGUGCUACUAUAGCAAAUAUGUCACCGGAAUAUGGAGCAACUAUGGGUUUUUUCCCAGUGGAUCAUGUUACAUUGCAAUACCUGAAACUCACUGGCAGAAGCGAUGAAAAUGUGGCCAUGAUAGAGUCGUAUUUGCGGGCCAAUAAAAUGUUUGUUGACUACAGCCAGCCCCAGACGGAAAGAGUGUACUCAUCUUAUUUAGAACUGAACCUGGAAGAUGUCGAACCAUGUGUAUCAGGACCCAAAAGGCCCCAUGACCGAGUUCCCUUGAAGGAAAUGAAAAAGGAUUGGCAAUCAUGCUUGGAUAACAACGUAGGGUUUAAGGGUUUUGCUGUUCCAAAGGAGACUCAAAAUAAAGUUGCUGAUUUUUCAUUCCAUGGGACGCCUGCUCAGAUAAAGCAUGGUGAUGUUGUAAUUGCAGCAAUAACCAGUUGCACAAACACUUCAAAUCCUAGUGUAAUGCUUGGAGCUGCUUUGGUCGCAAAGAAGGCCUGCGAACUAGGCCUUGAGGUGAAGCCAUGGAUUAAGACUAGCCUUGCUCCAGGAUCUGGAGUUGUCACCAAGUACUUGGAGAAGAGUGGUUUGCAGAAGUACUUAAACCAGCUUGGUUUCCAUAUUGUUGGUUAUGGGUGCACAACCUGCAUUGGGAAUUCUGGAGACCUUGAUGAAUCAGUAUCAGCUGCGAUCUCUGAGAAUGACAUUGUUGCUGCAGCUGUCUUGUCUGGAAAUAGGAACUUUGAGGGGCGUGUUCAUCCUUUUACUAGAGCUAAUUAUCUAGCUUCUCCUCCUCUUGUGGUGGCCUAUGCUCUUGCUGGCACGGUUAACAUUGACUUUGAGACACAACCUAUAGGGAUUGGAAAGGAUGGAAAGGAAGUUUACUUCAGGGACAUUUGGCCUUCCAAUGAAGAGAUAGCAGAGGUUGUGCAAUCCAGUGUGCUCCCUGACAUGUUUAGGAACACGUAUGAGGCAAUCACCAAAGGCAAUUCUAUGUGGAAUCAACUCUCGGUCUCAGCAAAUACUCUCUAUUCAUGGGACCCAACAUCAACAUACAUUCACGAGCCUCCUUAUUUCAAGGGCAUGACAAUGUCUCCUCCAGGCCCUCACCCUGUGAAGGAUGCUUACUGUUUGCUAAACUUUGGCGACAGUAUUACGACGGAUCAUAUAUCUCCUGCUGGGAGCAUCCACAAGGACAGCCCGGCCGCAAAGUAUUUAAUGGAGCAUGGUGUUGAAAGGAAGGACUUCAACUCGUAUGGGAGCCGUCGGGGCAACGAUGAGGUGAUGGCGAGGGGAACAUUUGCGAACAUCCGCCUCGUAAAUAAGCUCUUAAAGGGAGAAGUCGGGCCUAAGACAAUUCAUAUUCCGUCAGGGGAGAAACUUUCAGUGUUUGAUGCCGCCACGAGGUACAAAAGCGAGUGUCAUGACACAGUCAUAUUAGCGGGUGCAGAGUACGGAAGCGGAAGCUCUCGGGACUGGGCAGCAAAGGGCCCAAUGUUACUGGGGGUGAAAGCAGUGAUUGCCAAGAGCUUUGAGAGGAUCCACCGCAGCAAUCUCGUAGGCAUGGGAAUAAUUCCCCUAUGCUUCAAGCCCGGGGAAGAUGCAGAGACCCUUGGCUUAACUGGCCAUGAGCGGUACACGAUCAACCUUCCAACUGAUGUGAGUGACAUCAAACCUGGUCAAAGUGUCACGGUUGCGACAGAUGAUGGCAAGUCUUUCACAUGCACCGUCCGCUUUGAUACAGAGGUGGAGUUAGCAUAUUACAACCAUGGCGGAAUUCUCCCAUUUGUCAUUCGGAAUUUGAUAGAUGCCAAGCAUUAGACUGAUUAUUCAAACAGGAAGGUAAAGAAUAAUUGUGAUAUUUUAUUUAAGAUCAUGUUUUAUUUCUCCAAACUUCUCAUUCUUGUGCCGGAGGCGCAAUUUCUGCUUUUGUGGUCUUGGGUUUUUCUCUAUAAACCUGCCCAAGAAAUAAAAUGGAGCAUCCCCGGGAAACAUACUUUUGCGCAAUACUUUUGAGUGUGAUUAUUUAUUGAGAUCAGUGGUUCCAUUCAUCUCAAAUUUUGCCAAGGAUGCUUAUGAGAAAUUUGGCGCUGUCGCGUACAGAGCGCUAUGCGUUCAUCCCCAUUAA